AUGGCGGUGACAACAAAGAGACAAGCACCUGAUAAAUUUACACGACAGGGUAUGAGUAUAGGGGAAGAAGGGCAGAAGCACCCACAUGUGAUCUUCGAGGCGCGCACGAAGACGAACAAGGGCUGCGCCAACAAGCUGGAGUCCCGGCCGAAGAACAGGCGCAACAAGCGCGUGUCCUUCGUCGAGGAGGCGAUCGCUGACGACCCUAGAAACGCGGGUGUGCCAAAAACGUCGAAGGAGGAUCACGCAUGGCGGUGGUGGCAGAACGCCGGGCUGCGGGCACUCAACAGGCGCAGGAGGGAUGUCCGCGAGGUCACCAAGUACAUAGAGACAGCCCUGAUCAUAGACAAGUCUAUGUUCGACAGCCGCAACGGCAGCACCCGCUCCGAAGUUGUCCACGAUGCGAUACAAGUUGCCAACAUAGCCGACCUGUACUUCCGAACGCUGAACACGCGCGUCUCCCUGGUGUACAUCGAGUCCUGGCAGAGCGCUGACCAAGCGGACAUAGACAGGAAGCAGGACAUCACCCGCGCCAUACAGAAGCUCAGCGACUAUACAGCCAGAAAGCUGUUCAACCAAGACAGGGACACCACACAAAUGCUCACGGGGUUGACUUUCCCGGGCGGCGAGUCGGGUAUCUCUGUACCGGACACGAUUUGCACAACGAAUUCAGUGGGCAUCUCCGUAGACACCAAUUCGUACGAGCCGCACCUUCUGGCCGGCACAAUGGCGCACAUGAUAGGCCACAACAUUGGGAUGGGCCACGACGAUGGGCGCGAGCAGUGCUUCUGCCGCGACUGGCACGGCUGCAUAAUGGCGCAGUCCAUUGUCGGCUUGGAGAACGUGCAGCCCUACAAGUUCUCGGAGUGCUCCAAGAACGACUACAUCAACGAACUGCGCAACGGCAAGAGAAUCUGCCUCAUGAACAAGCCCAACCAAGUGGUGGUCGUGCACCGCCACUGCGGCAACGGGCGCGUGGACGACGGCGAGGAGUGCGACUGCGGCACCAUCGCGGAGUGCAACGAGGGCAGCCCCUGCUGCGACCCGUACACUUGCCGGCUGACCAAGGAGGCGCAGUGCUCGUCGGGCGAAUGCUGCGAUAAGUGCAUGCUGAAGCCGCGCGGCGUCGUGUGCCGCGAGUCGAGCAACGAGUGCGACCUGGAGGAGACGUGCACCGGCCUCUCGGGCUUCUGCCCCGAGGACUCCUACAGGAAGAACGGGGAGCCCUGCGAGGGCGGCAAGGGCGCCUGCUUCGCGGGCCACUGCCCCACGCUCUCGCUGCAGUGCGAGGCCAUCUGGGGGCCGGGCACCAUCGGCGCGGACAUGCAGUGCUUCGAGCAGUUCAACUCCAAGGGGGCGGUGACCGGCCACUGCGGGAAGGACACCGGCGGCCACUACCGCAAGUGUGAGAUGCAGCACGUGAAAUGCGGCUCGCUGCAGUGCCAGCUCGGCAACCGCUACCCGGUGGUGCCCGGCAUGGAUGAGUACUACACGAGGACGGUAAUCACCAUCAAGGGGAACGAGUACGAGUGCAAAGCGACGACCGGCCUGCCGGAGCACUCGGACAUUGGGCCCCUGGGGCUGGUGCGCGAUGGAACCUCGUGCGGAGACAACCUCGUCUGCGUCAACCAGACCUGCACGAGCGUGUACCAGUUCAUCGACAACACCAAGUGUCCCACGGACCACAACAAUUACGAGUGCUCCGGCAGAGGGGUUUGCUCCAACUUGAACACGUGCGUGUGCCACCGAGGCUGGACGGGGCCGGACUGCUCCCAGCUGGACCCGCUGCCCCCCUCCCCCACCACAUACGUGCCGGAGAACACCACUAAGACCGCCUACAACAUGACCAAGAAGGAAACGCCCUAUGAGAACUACCACGGCUCGAACACGGUAUUCCUCGUGGCGGUGCUCAUGUCUGUGGUAGGGGGGGUAUUCAUAGUAUUUGCCCUGAGCGCUCUCUGCUACAGGUCAGUCGUAGUACACAAAAACUUCUCCCUGUGCCUAAGGAAGAAGAGCACGCUGCCGAAAUACGAUCCGCCGUACGCGAAGAAGCCCAUCGCCAAGAGCUAUCCGGCCGGCUCGACCACGUCGAACAACUCGCAGGAGGACGUGUCGCUCGACGGUGGCAAGAUACACGGCUUCAACAGCACCUUCAGCCGCGGUGAUUCACAGCGUGUUAUCUUCAAACAUGGGAACCACAUGGGGGCUGCCAGCAGUAGUAGAUAUCCGGAUCAUAAGCAAAUGAAACGGGUCCAUUCGGGCAGCGAGGACGAGCCAACUCAUUCAGGCGAGGAAGACAUCGCGUUCAUCGACGUAGCACCGAACGCCAUGGCCAAGCUGCCGGAGAAGGGGAUACUGAAGAAGCACGGCUACGGCGCUGUGGACGGCAAGGACAAGUGGGCCGAUGACUCCCAGUCGGAGCAGCUCGAGGCCGGGUCCCAGUCCGAUGGCCAGGAGGCGACGGGAGCGGUCGCAGACAUGGAGUACAAGUUCAAGGACCUGAACGGCUACCACGAGAACAUCAUCGUGGCGCUGAAGAGCGCAGCCGCGCAGCGCGCCAGCGUCGGCGGCUCCAUCGGAUCCGGGGACCUCCGGGCCAUGCAGGAGUACGAGUACAAGCGCGAGAGGGCGCCCAGCGCGGAGAAGGUGCACGAGGCGGAGCUGAGGCGGCAGCGCGGCGAGGGCGACGAGGACGAGCCGCCCCAGUGCGGCCCCAUCAGGAUCCGCAACCUGGAGGACCUGAUCAGGCAGCUGGAGCACCACUCCAGCCGCCACAUGAGCCCCUCCGGCUCCGAGGACAUACGCAUGUCCGAGACGGAGGCGGAUCGGCACUACAGGAUCGAGCCCGGGGAGGUGCCGCCUCGUUGCCGGGGCCGCAUCGGCGAGGAGGAGUCGCGGUUCGCGUACCCGCGCUUCCGCGGCAGCACGCGGCACCACCCGGCCAUGUUCGCGGGCGGGCCGUCGCACGCGCCCCACGUGGCCCACGUGCCCCACGUCGCGCACGCGGCCCACGCCGCCCACGCCGCCCACGCGGCCCACGCGCGCCCGCCCCCCGACGAAGACGCCCUCUACGAGACAGCAGACGCGGAGCGACUGCGAGACGCACCCGAUAGCGAAAGUGAUGAAUUUAUUCAAGCUCAACAACAGUUAGCCCGGUGGGCGAGUGAGGAAGCGGUGCCGGCGGCGCGCGACUACUUCCCCUCGCCGGCCGGCAGCUCGGGCAGCGACGCGCGCCACGCGCCCGCCGCCUUCCCCGAGUACAACCAC